UGGGAUCUCAUAUUCCACCAGGAGACGAGACGCCUUUACUGGAUGGCAAGAAGCGUCGGAUAUUGGUUGCCAGCUAGGACUGCCAGUGUACUGGAGCGACUGAAGCACCGCGGACAUUUAUGAAGACGGGCCACCCGCAGCCUCGCCAAGAACGUGCCCUGCAUCCCCCCCAGCUACGACAGACUGCCCAAAUGUGCCGCUGCCGGUGUCCUGGCAUGUCCAUGAAGGCGAGGCGUCUGCUCUUCUCGAGAGAUGUCGGCAGCCAUCAGGCCAUCGUUCGGGCCCGAGGCGAUGGCAAUGAGCGUGUGGAGCUGAAAGGAGUCACGGCGCUGGCCCUGGACCAACAGUCCGAUAUACCAUGCGUAUCGAAGUUACAGACAUCAAUGGAAAGAACAAGUAAGCCACGAAUAUGGGGAUCCUUUAGACACAUGUGUAAUCCCCUGCUCCCUUGUUUCGAUGCACAUCUCGCAGGUAAUCAACAUUGCCGCCUUGGGGUGAGGAAUGGACACAUUCGCGGCUAAUGAUGGUGGUGGCAGGACUGGAAGGACUGGAAGGACUGGCGCGUGGACAAUUUGAGUGCAGCGGUAGUGCGGCUCUUUCCAUUAAGGUAAUUGACAGAGAUUUCUCCACAAUGGCGGGUCAACACUUGCUGCCCCGUCCCCGGGGUCGACUUACUCAAGUGUUUGCGUUCCCAGGUAAACACUUGGGUGAUUGGAGGAUAUUUCCACAGCACUGGACGAACCAUGAGGCAGCUGCUGAUUCUGCUGAGGACGCUCCUCGUGCACGGAUUCGUGGCCCUGUUCACCGUGCUCACCCGCGUGCUCCAGGCAGCCCUCAAUCUGUGGCAUUCGCUGGCCCUCUAAUCAUCUAAUGGUCAGUGGAAGGAGACGCCAAAAAAUGAUUGCCCACCCUGGGUGCCUGGUACCGAUAAGGGCUGUCCGCCUACCUGCCGUUCAAUGUGUGUUUUCUCCACUUAUCGGCAAAGCAAUCAAUACUACUUACCUUAUCGCCCUCGCACCUCGACCGCGGGCGCGGGCGCGGUCGUCAGACGGUAGGGGAACGACGAUAAUCGCGGUGGAGGAAGGCGUCGCAUUAUCUGAAGACCAGCUAAUGCCAAUUGUCAAUGGCUGCUCGUUCAGGUCGGUUCGUCAAUGGGUGUCGGCGCCCGACCCAGCUGCUGUUGCUGCUUUUGUUGGCUGUCUUCCUCCUGGGCACUCUGCUAGUGCUGUACAAGCUCAACCACUCGCCGUUGAUCCACCAGUAUGACAUUCUGCAGGAGUACCUGGAGAGCAACCCCCAGAAGAGCUCCCGAACGCGCUCCAUUCUGCUGUGGAGCAGCUUCUUCGGGGAUCCGCGCUGGGGCCUGCCCGCGGACUCGCUGGGGCCGCAGGAGCUGCGUGAGGACCUGCACUGUCCCGUGUAUCAGUGCGAGGUGACCAACAGCCAUGACUUCCUGCCCGCUCUGGAUCUGUACGACGCCAUUGUGUUCCAUAUGGCCGAGCAUUUCCCCUUUCUGCAGCCUGUGCCCGCGAGCCGCAGUCCGCACCAGGCCUAUGUGUUCGCCCUGAUGGAGUCGGCUGGCGAGACCAAGCACCGGCUGAGCGACGAGCGGGACUUCUAUAACCUCACCAUGACCAAUCGCCUUGACUCGGAUGUGGUGUGGCCCUAUGGCCAGCUGCAGGACAUCGAAACGGGCGCCGUGGUGGCCCCCAGUGCCCAGCCCCACUGGCGCCAACCGCCCACACAAGGUACCUGGAACGACACCCGGGUAGAGGGACUGUGGCAGAGCAAGACAAAGAUGGCAGCGUGGUUCGUGUCCCACUGCCAGACGCUGUCUCGGCGCGAGAACCUAACGGCGGCCCUGCAGGAGCAUUUCGAGGUGGACGUAUACGGCAAGUGCGGACCCCUUAGCUGCGACCGCGGCGACCCGCACUGCGAUGAGAUGCUGGACACGGACUACAUGUUCUAUCUGGCCUUUGAGAACUCGCUGUGCGAGGACUAUGUGACGGAGAAGCUCUUUGGAGUGCUGGAGCGCCACAUCAUACCCGUGGUGUUUGGCGGGGCCGAUUACACGCGCUUCCUGCCACCGCACUCCUACAUCGACGCGAAUCGCUUCGACAGCGCCCAGGAGCUGGCCGAGCACAUGCGUUUCGUGGCCGGCGAUUUGGAAGAGUACACGAGCUACUUCUGGUGGCGCCAGCACUACCGCCUGGUCACCGUCUCCCCCUUCUGCGACCUUUGCGCCCGUCUGCACUCGUCCGCUCAGCGACAUAGGUCCCAGGUGUACGGCGACAUCCAGUCCUGGUGGUUCAACAGCUGCCGGUUCAAGGCAAACAUCCGAUUCUGAGGGCGACGCACGAAAAGGAACAGGACGGCGCUAUGCGACAGCCGCACGCGAGCAAGCGGGAUAGCAGGCAUGCGACUGUUUGCAUACGAUAUGGGAAACAUUUUCUUGUGUCUCCUGCUCCAACUGUCAUGGCUGUGCCUACCUACCAAUAGUUGUGUGACAAAGCUCGAAGCCCCGGCCCGAAAGAUAAGAUAUGCGGGGAGCCGGCUACGACUACGAUUUGACAUUAUCGCCGUCUAAUGCAGCACUGACUCAUCCACAAUCGCAACUAAAACCCAUCCAAAAGCGUCACAUUAUCGCCAUUAGGAGCCUCUAGGGGCGAUAAGAGUACACACACUUACACAUACACGUACGCACGCACCCACACGCACCUUUGUGUAAGUUUCAUUUGUUUCGAUUCCUAUGUAGACCCCUGGGCCAUCAUUAUUUCUUCCAAUUUCCAGCCGUACCCCUCUCCUGUAUUACUAUUUUAAUAAUAAGUUUAGCUUAGUCAGUAAGUAAGUAAGAUAAUCUGUAGAACAACUGAAAAUCGUAGCUCCAAUUGUUUGUCAUAUGCAUGCCAGUUUGUGGUGGCCUUUUAGGGUAACUCUCUGAUGUUUCUAACUUAUUUUACAAUGAAUAUUCACCAUUAUUAAUUAGAGAUUACUUGUUGUUGCUUUGGCAGAUUUUUCAUAGAUUGAGGGUUUUUAAUGCCCGUUAUCUGAUGUUGUUUGUUGUUUAGCGGGCCCUAAAUGUUCAUUAAAACAUUUUAAGACCUUUUUAAAGAUGAUUUUUAAGCAAGUGAAUGACUGCAACUAAA